CGCGUCGACGUCGCGUUUUUCCAGGUUUGCUGCCUAGCACUGCCCUCCACAAAAUAUCCCUUCAAUAAGAGAUAUAUGCCGUCGACUGGAGAAAGCGGAUCAAUUACCCUACAGUAACGCAAAACAUUUUGCGAAUGGAUGAUAAGAGAACAUACCAGGACCCUGACACGACCCACCCCGCAAGCCAAGCGUGCUUUAAUUGCCACAAGAUUGCAUGUAUCGUCCGAAAUUGGCCGAAAUUUCGGAUCGAAGAGAAUCCAAGAGGACACCGUAUAGGAAGAUGGCGCGACAUUGAGAAUGCUAAGGAUUGUGUUUCUUGUCAAUCCCUUGUUCGUUUGUUUAGCACUCAGGCCUACUACGAUGCGUCCGUGAUUAUUUCAAGUGGUGAUAAUGAGGCCUCUAGUGAUAGCGGGUGCCUCAUUAUUCGGUUGAGGGACGAAACCGCUGAUCCUACGCGGCUAGAAACCACGGCGUACAAAAUGGUCCUCAUCCCGUCAGAAGUUGUCGAAGACUGUGGUCGCCAUUUCAUAAGGGCAGAUCCUGGGUGGAUAAGCAUUGAACGCAUCAACCAUUGGAUCCGAGACUGCGGCUUCACUCACCAGUCCACAUGUACUGAGUCCCAGCUAGGAAACAGUGAAGCGCCCGCAGAAGUCAUGUUCAUCGACGUGCAGAGGAAUUGCUUGGUACCAGGUCACACGAACCAGUUCCAGAUUUACGUCGCGUUGUCCUACGUCUGGGGUCAGCAACUGAAUAUUUUUCAAACAACUCGCGCGAAUCUUAGGAUACUUCUUCAGCAGGGCUCACUCUUAAAUGCUUGGGACCGAAUUCCUGCGACUAUUCAAGAUGCAAUUAUUUUAAUCAGAAGCCUGGACAUUCGGUACCUGUGGGUGGAUCGACUAUGCAUUGUGCAAGAUGAUGAAGCCUCUAUCGAAGGCAACAUUGCACAGAUGGCAUCAAUCUAUGCUCGGUCUUACUUCACAAUAAUCGCGACUGAAGGGGAUUCCGGGACGGGGAUAUCUGGUGUACAGGGAGGGUCAAAGCCAAGGUGCAUUGGCCAGGAGCUGGUUGAGUUUGACGACCUUUGCUUCCUGGCAAUAGAAAGAUACGAGUUCUGGGGUGAUGAAGAUGCCUUGACACAAGAAGUCCACUUUCGCGGGGCUUAUGAGAUAGAACAGAAGCGCAGCUGGCACAAGAGAGCGUGGACCUUCCAAGAGCGGGUAGUCUCAAGGAGAUGCCUCGUCUUCAAUAACGACACAGUUUACUGGGAGUGUGGCGGAGGUAUCUGGUCUGAGCUCUUGUCUUCUCCUCAUAUUCUUGCUCGAGAUUUGACAAGCCACAACCGAAAAUUUGGUGGGCCUCAGUGGCGCAUCACUCAGAAGCUCUGGCCGGAUGCGGCGCAUUAUUUCAGGCUUUGUGCGCAAUUCUCGAAGCGUCAGCUAACAUAUGCCGGUGAUGCACUGAAAGCCUUUAGUGCGAUCAUUCAUACUUUUGCUCCUUCUUUUCCUGGAGGAUUUUUCUACGCCUUGCCCGAAUUCCUAUUGGAUUUGUCGCUCUUAUGGACGUUUGUUGUUCCGCACAACAAGCGUAGAGAAAUGUUUCCUUCGUGGUCGUGGAUAGCCUGGGAGGACCAAGGGUACGGAGACUCAGGCAUCAGUUUUUCAGACGCCAUCGAUGAUUGCUGGCCACCUACAUUUACGAGUGAAGAACUACGCAUCUUUCGUCGACCACUCAACAUUUGGAGAAAGAAAAGCACUGUUACUGGUCGCAUGGAAGAGAUCAAAAAUGAUUACCACAUCUGGCAGAACGCCGAAGAUGACAAGGUUGGCGAGCUCCCCGGUUGGAAAUCUUCCCAACAACCAGAAAAAUACACAUUGGAAGAAGUUGGCAUGGACCAGAUUGCGGGUUUUAGCGGCGGGCGCAACCCUCACCCAGUUCCACUCGAUACCCGCACUUCAGUUCAGCCAUUAUCGUCAUAUAUGUGGGAGCCAUUCCUCUAUUCACGGGUCCAAACGGCUACAUUCCGCUUUGCGGGUCUUCCUGAUCCGAAUUGGGGAACAGUGGGACUCAUAGAUAAUGAAGGAACGGGUGUUGGCAACCUUCGUCCACAUGAUGAUGGUGUGGAGCGAGAACAUCUUGGAAAUACCGGCCGGGAGUGCUGUCUGAUGGCCGUAUGCGAAGCCACUAUACCUCGAUGGAGCGAGUUUGUACGGAGCAUUCAUUUCAACAGCAAGAGUCACUGGGAUGCAAACAACCUUACCUACCCUGGAGUGAAGGACGGACUCACUUUCAAAUGGAUCGAUGUUCUUUGGAUUGAACGAAAAGGAAGUAUAGCGUAUCGCAGAGGAGUCGGGAAAGUUUGGUUGGAUGCUUGGGAACGGGGAUCUCCAGAAGAGGGUAACAUCAUCCUUGGGUGUCGGCAAGCGUUCGACUGUAAGGUUUCUCCUACCCCCGAGCGCCCGAGCUCCCAUGAUGUAGAAGGCCGAGUUUCGACGAGAGUAAUUCCCUAUUCCACAAGUAUGUCCCAAGUUAGAAGAGGUAUGAGUGCCAUUCGUAACAAGAGCAAGUCCUCCUGCAGCUGA